AUGUCUGAGGCGGAUACGUCAGUCGCAAUCUCAGCUUAUACAAAGUACUAUACUGAUGUACUGGCAUAUUUUAAGACACUUUUAAAUGCCAUCGAGGAUCCGCCUCCACCUACUGACCAUAAAGCUUGUCAUGCUCAAGUAACAUCGCAUCAGGCCCCAGACAGUAUGGAACACAAGGUUCCUGACCCAAAUGUCGAUCCAUGGGAACACUCAAAAACCGUAAUGGAUGGAUACUUUAGUCGGCUUGAUGGUUCUCGCAACUGGGAUUGGGCCUCCUGGCACAAUUAUCUCAGUUGGAUCUCCAGAACUCAUCCCGAGUGGUUUCGCCUCUUUACUGAUUGCAGUAAACAAAUGGGAAUAAAUUGGGACGAAAUGUAUCAAAAGUGGUUAUCCUCCCAAGCCGUUGUGGAAAACACACAGCAUGUUUUUGUGACGAUAUCCCUGAUUCUGCCCUUCUAUUUGUACAUGCUUCUUCCAGAUACAUCUUGCCCUCCACCUAUAGAGCCUCCCUCGCACAUUCAAUCCAUGGCAAACGGCGUCCCUUUCCGGCCUCCGCCAUCCCUUUCCUUUACCAGUCAGCCGCCGCCGCCAAUUCCUCCUGAGGAUCCGCGAAUCUGGUGCGAAGAUUGUGAUCAAUACUUUGAGACGAACCGCGCCUUCGACAUCCACUUCCGUGGAGUGAAACACAUUCAGAACGCACUUACUAAAACUAUCACACGAAAUCCCAAUAUUGUGCUAGAUAUACCGACGUCGCAGACCACUCAGUGGAAUUUG